AUGUCCAACCCCUCCACCACCACUCUGACAACGACCGCACCAAGCCCAACUCCCCCACAAACUGGCGUCAAACGUAAAAGAGGCCCUCCUGCUCCUCUCAACUUGGCCUCGUCGUCAAGCUCUGCGUCCUUAAUCGUGUUUGCAGGGCCUGAUCGUGACGAUGAUGGUACUGCGCCGGCCGACAUCCCACCGGCGAUGCCACAGCCUGAAGAGACCACCACCUCCACCACUGCGCCAGCACCAGUUGCAUCAACUGCAGCCCCAUCAAAACCAUCAAACCCCUCCCGCAACGUCAAACGCCUCUCGCUCAGCAUCUCGGGCACCAGCAUUGCGCAAAACCUGGCUCCGAGCAUAGCAUCCCCCAUCGCACGCGACAGCAAUCCCCCUCCUCUCCCCCAACCAAGGCGCCCUUCCAUCGCUUCACUGCCAGGAGCUAGCGCAUCCUCCAUUUUACGCCGCAAUGACGAGGGAGACUCGUCGGCUUCUGCAUAUCUGGAUGGACCGAUCGAGAUCAUGCCUGGCAUAUGGCUCGGCUCUGAAGACAAUGCCAGAGACUGGCAGGGGCUGAUCAAGCGCGGAAUCAAGUCCAUAUUGAAUGUCGCCAAGGAAGUCGCUAGUCCCUUCGAGUCAGCGUCCCAACCGACCCGCAACACACGCGCAAUGUCAGUCCCCAACGCCCAAGCCCCUCGCAAUAUGCAGAGCAGCACCUAUCAACCCGCACACCUGCCUUCGGGAAGACCACCAAUGCACUACCUCAAACUUGCCUGGUCCCAUGGACAGUCAGAUCUCGUCCACAGUGGAUUCGCACACGGUAUCAAGUUUUGCGAUGACGCUCUGGCACGAAAAGAAGCUGCCAAUGCGGUGUCUCUCGAUCCGCGACUAUGUUUGAUUUAUCAAUUGCUCGAUUAUGAGCGUGCAUUGAAAGGUCAGGAUUCUCCCGGCAGAUCAUCGACUGGUGCCUCGGAGGAUGAGGAAUGGGAACGUCGGCGGCAGCAAUUGGAUUCCCCUGAUCAGGAGAGUCAGGAGAUCUUGAAAGAAGCCAAAGAGUUGGACCGUGAGAUGGAAGAGCGAAGAGCCCGAAGAUUGUCGCUCGCCUCUACUUCAUCCAAUCCCAGCAGCUUUACCGGAGCUAUCGGGAACGCUACACAUCCAGGAGUUCUGUGA